UUUUUUUUUUUCCUUUUGCUCACGGCCUGCUACGCAACGGCCUGGACGGAAGCUGGGGAGUGCGCAAAAGUCAUGGGCGUUCGUCAGACAGCGUCUCUUGUGCUCUGUUUUGUGUGCGUAAUCCUGCGGCUAGUCCUGUCCUUGUUUGCACACAAAGCGCCAGUCGCUUUCGAUACUUACAGUCACUCUUUCGACGACGAGCCGGCCCGUCUUCGCUUUACCAAGAAACACAUCAAACCUCUCAAAAUGCAGCUCACGACGCUCGUCCUCGCCGCUCUCACGAGCCUGGCCUCUGCCCAAAAGACCUGGGUGGUCGCCGUCGCCCAGAACGGCUCGCUGACCUACUCGCCCAAUAAGCUCGUCGCGCAGCCCGGCGAGUUCGUGCAGUUCCAGUUCCACGCCGGCAACCACACGGUCACGCAGUCGACCUUCGACCAGCCGUGCCAGCCCAUCGCCAUGCACAGCAAUGUCACCGGCUUCCACUCGGGCUUCCUCCCCGCCGCCGCCAGCGCGUCGAUGGGCAUGCUGCCGACCUUCACCAUCGAGAUUAACAACACCAACCCGCUGUGGAUCUACUGCGCCCAGGGCAAGCACUGCGAGAACGGCAUGGUGAUGGUGAUCAACGAGCCCACCACCAACGCCAGCCGCACCCUCGAGAACUUCAAGGCGCUCGCCGCCAAGGGCACGACCAUCGUCCCCGGCACCUCGGCCGCCGGCGAGGGCGGCUCCACCGGCUCGGCCUCCUCCUCGGCCACCGGCAGCGCCGCAUCGCCGAGCUCGUCCACCGCCGGCGCCGGCAUGCUCGCUGCGCCGGGCCCCAUCGCGCUCAUGGCGGUCGCUGGUGUUGCCAUGCUCCUUUAAGGGGAAUGGAGCAGAGGGGUGGGGUGAAGCGUACUUGUGUUCGGGGUUUGGGGUCUGGGUGUGGGUUUGGGUUUGAGUUUGUUGUCACGAUGAUGGAACCUUAAUGAAUGUCGGCGGCUGGCGACGAUCGCCGGGCUGGAGAAUUGCUUGGGCGCGUUUUUGGACUUCGUCAUGGCCAUCUUGUACAUGUAUCGCGCCCCGGGGCG